CUGGCCUGGUGGGUUGGCCCCAAAGCCCCAAAGCCCCCAAUGCUUGAUGGUGGGGGGGACGGGGACGUGGACGAGGUGGCGUUGACACCAGGAAAUCAUCACCACUGCUCGGUUCGAACUCGUGUCUCAGCUCGCACGUUUCCAAGUGGAGAUGGCCGCGGUGAACAUAACCGAGGGCCAUGCAGACGUUGACGGACAACGGCUUUUCUAUCGCGAAGCGGUGGCGCCUUCCGUGCCUCGGCGCUUCUCGGUUUUACUCUUGCACGGCAUGAAGUUCUCCUCCGAGACCUGGCUCACACUCGGCACCCUCAAGGAACUGGCCGAGGCCGGAUAUCGGGUGGUAGCGCUCGAUCUUCCAGGCUACGGACGGUCUGCUUCCUAUCAGCUGGCAGGCCUGCGCCUGGGAGAAAUUGCGCAGGGCACGUUCCUGAAGCUCGUGUCAGAGAGCCUGCAGCUGGGUCCCUGCGCACUCGUGUCUCCGUCCAUGAGUGGCAUGUUCUCUCUGCCGUUCCUGCUGGAGCACGAGGCUCUUGUCCGUGGCUUUGUCCCCGUGGCUCCCAUCUGCACGGACAAAUUCACGGCGGAGCAGUACAAGAAGGUGCAGGUGCCUAGCUUGAUUACCUAUGGCUCCCGGGAUUCCCAGCUCGGGGAAUCGUCCCUGUCGAACCUCCGAAACCUCCCCAACUCGACCGUCCUGAAGAUGGAGGGCGCGGGUCACGCCUGCUACCUGGAUAGCCCAGCUGAGUGGCACUCGGCACUGCUUGCCUUCCUGGGCAGCCUCAAGUAAUCCCGCGGCAGGGUGGUUCUGGCGCGUGGCGCUGCACAAGUCAACAGAAUUGUUGCCAUAAAACAGGAGCACAGUAAUUGUAGUAGCGAUGAUUGUGAUGACGAUGAUAACGACGGUGGUUGCUGGAGUUCCCUGCUUCAAUUUUAGGCUUGCCGUGUGGCGUAUAUUUCUACGUACGAGGAGCAGAGGUCGCAAUCGUGUACCUGAUACCCGUACCCUACCCGAUACCCGGCUACCCGUACCCAGCCGGGUACGGGCACCCGUUUGCGACCCUGGUGCGGCCGGGUACGGGUACGGGUAGGCCGUGAGUCACUGGUGAGUCAUCGUUUGUCACUCAUUUCCCAACGUCGUGUCUCUUCACACAAUUCAAGUUCCUAGAAUCAACCCACCCGCGCCUGCAACAUGGCUUCAUCCCAGAGGUCGCAAUCAGGUACCCGAUACCUGUACCGUACCCGUACCCGGCCGGGUACAGGUAGGGUACGGGUACGGGUACGAGUACCCGUUUGCGACCCUGGUGCGGCCGGGUACGGGUAAGGAAUCAAAACCCGUUUGCGACCUCUGAUGAGGAGUAGUUACAAAAAAAUAAUUUGACCGAUAAUUGCGAUGGAAAUGAAAGUGUAUAAGUGUGCCUUGAUGUUUAUUGACGCUAUACGUUGGCGACUGUCUUUCACUGUCGGGGCCAGAAUUAAAUAGAAUAGAAUAAUAGAGGAACUCUGCAUGAGUGGAAUUGAACUCGUCAACGUGAUGAGUGAAUCUGUCAUCAAACUGAAACUAGAUCUGAAAUAAAAGCAAACGAGAUAUAUAAUUACACUGCCUAUCGUUCUCUAUUCUGUAAGUAAUUCGUAUUUGUCGGGACCAGCAGAUAUCUCACUCUCCCUGUCAAGCGCAGACCCCUGGGUAUUCACAGACACGACACAGAAGGAGCACACACACACAACGCAAUUAGAGGGUUUGUCACUUGUGCUAUGGGUGUACUGGAGUUGGUAUCUCAUCGUUUGACAUAACCAUGCUGGUAUAAUGUGCAUCUCUCAUCCGUGUGUGUGUCAUUUUGAUAUGGCGAGCAGUAGUGCAGUGGUUCGUUCACUGCGCUACAAAUCCUGGUGAGUGAAUUUGUCAUCAAACUGAAACUAUAUCUCAACUGAUAAACGUGUAUAGGUGUGCCCUGAUGUUUAUUGGCGCGAUACGUUGCAGCAACAUAAGUGUGGGGCGGUGACGUGGCCGAGAUUCGUGGUUCGAACCACAGUGGCCACCCUGGUUAAUACUGCACGUAUAUUCAACCAAUACAUACUCGCCAUCCGCUUCACAGUGGAUGCUAAAAUCCCAUGACAUAAUACGAAAAAGAGUAGGCCAUUUCGUACCGGCAUCGUAUUUACUAAAUUUCUAGAUUUACGUUGGUUAGUCGCAUCGCCGCUUACUAUGAAAAAUUACUGCAGACUGUAAUUGUCUGUGAAACAUAGCGCCUUUGUGAUGGCCCUGGGUGGUAAUAAUGGUGGCAGCGAUUGGAUGUGAUCAUUAUUUCAAUUUGCAAUUCACUUAGGACCUGAUUAUAGUUUUUAUGGUUAAGGAUUGUACCCAAAAUUCCAUUGGGAAUGUCAAAUGCUAAGAUUUUGCAAUCACCGCUGCAGGAAAUUGUUGGAAUUGAGGUGGGUUUAAUACUUAAUAUUCUUAUGCAUAUAUAAUUCAUAUUUUCCUUUUGCUAGUGAGAUAUAUACGUAUGUAUUCCCACAAAUAGUUAAUGAUCUCAGACCAGAUAUUUAGCUUUUUACGAUUCAAUAAAAAUGUGUUAUGUGAUGGCCUUCAUGAAAUGAGCAGAUGAUCAAAUUGUUUCCUUUCAUUGGCCGAUUGCUGGCCCAAGUGGUACCAAUAUCUCUUCUGGACCAUGGACGAAUAUACGCAGUAAAAUUACCAUGUAUUAGCACGUAUUAUUUACCAUGAGAUAUUCUAAUUACAAUACAUUAUGCUAAUUAGCAUACAUUAUGCAAAUGUGCGUGAGGUAUGCCGAGAUGAGUUCACACUUAAUCGGUCGUCAGCACUAAUUCUUAAAUGGCUGUCUACUAUUCAGGCUUUUUGGAAAAUAAAAUAUUCUAUGAAUAAAAUGA